ACUAAAGAGGAUGUGAAAUAAUGGAGUUGUACUUUCUGUUGCGAUUCAACCUAAUGUGUAAAAUAUAUCAUAGUACACAGUGACUUCCCUGAUUUGACUUUGAAGAUGAAGAAUUCCUAAAAAAAACUUUAAAGAACAAAAGACUUAUCUGAUUUUACACAGUAUCACAAUAUUUGAACUGUUUCUCAGUUGAGCAAUUUCAUUUUGUAUGUAUAUUUUCGUUUUGAGCCAUUUUUCUAUUGAGUGAGUGUGUGAACUUGAUCGUGUGUUCACAGGAUGAGAAAAAGAACAUGAUGAUCAUCAUAGGAAGUAGAACAGUGAGUAACUAACCAGCACUUUGCAGAGCAAGUGUGUCACAAUUUCCUGUUUAGAAUCAUCAACUCAGAUCUGUAAAGGGUUAGAGCAACGCAACAGCGGUGGCUAAAACUACUCUACGCUGACUGUCAUGUCAAACCCAGUGAUAACCCACCAACCUGGAGCAGGGUCAUAUGGUACCAAUGUUCAGACAGGGGACUGGAGUACCGGAUUGUGUUCCUGCUGCAAUGACUUCCUAGUGUGUGGCAUAGGCUGCAUCUGUCCAAUAGCAUUAGGUUGCUACACAGCGAACAAGUAUGGGGAGAAUCCGUGUUUGGGAUGUUUACCAGGAGGUAUGACAGCCAUGAGGACUCACAUGAGGUUGACUUAUGGUAUUCAGGGGACAGUAUGCAAUGAUGCCUUGAUGACCUUUUUUUGUGGAUUGUGUGAGAUAUGCAGAAUGGCACGAGAAAUUCGCAUCAGAAAUGGGGAUGUUUGAGUUGACCAUGUAAACAGAACUGUGCCUCAUACAUGAACACACACUAUGAACAAUUGAGUUGUUGUUGUUGUUGUUGAAUUCACUUGACAAAUAGUAAUAUAACAAUAACCUUAGUUAUUCCCAACUGUCUUGAAAUUGGAAUAGCUUUUGUUAUUUCGUAUGAACGUAUUAUUACAUUCAAGAAAAUAAAGUUUUUUUUGUAUCUGAAACGCUGUUAUCUGUGCUGUCUCGAGGCUUCAGUUGUCAUAUGUGUAAAGUGAAAUGUGGAAUAACGUAAUUAUCCCACCUUGACGAAGACACGCAUUAGACAUUACUGAUUGGCUCGUUUCCUUCGUGACCUGGCAACGAAAGAAAGCUUAGCGACGCUUUCUACCAUCAUCGAAUGGCUUUCCAGCUAGCUAGCUAGCUUGAUAACUAAAUUGUCAUAUUCGACUGAGGAAACGGGUUAUCGACCAAGUUAUUUUUGUGACCUAAUCAAUCGACAAACAAACAUGUCUUCUAGGACGCUUCCCCUGCUUUUCAUUAAUCUUGGUGGAGAAAUGUUGUACAUACUGGAUCAACGCCUACGAGCUCAGAACAUCCCUGCUGACAAAGCCAAGAAAGCUGAUUGGAUAGAGGAUGACAGAAGGAGAGUGAUGAAUGACAUCAUCACCACCAUGUUUAAUAAGAAGUUUCUGGAGGAGCUGUUCAAGCCUCAGGAGUUAUACUCCAAGAAGGCUCUGAGGACAGUGUUUGACCGACUAGCCCAUGCUUCAAUUAUGAGACUCAACCAGGCUAGCAUGGACAAGCUUUAUGACUUGAUGACCAUGGCCUUCAAGUACCAGGUGCUCCUCUGCCCAAGACCCAAAGAUAUACUCCUUGUGUCCUUCAACCACAUGGAUGCCAUAAAAGACUUUGUGAAGGACACACCAAGUAUUCUCAGCCAGGUUGAUGAGACAUACAGACAGCUCAUUGAGAUAUAUUCACCAUUGUCUAGUGGUGAGUUUCAGCUAAUUAGACAGACUCUACUCAUCUUCUUUCAAGACAUGCACAUACGAGUGUCAAUCUUCCUCAAAGACAAGGUGCAGAAUUCCAAUGGACGUUUUGUCCUCCCUACUACUGGUCCUGUUCCCCAUGGAACACAAAUUCCUGGACUCAUCAGAAUGUUCAGCUGCAAUGGUGAGGAGAUAAAGAGGCUGCAGUUCCGUAAUGGUGGGAAUUAUGCUGGUGCUCUCCGUGAAGGAUCCUUUGACAUGUUUGGAGAAAGGGUCAUCAAACUGGGCACCAAUAUGUAUAGUGUAAGCCGCGCAGUGGAAACUCACAUGUCAGGAACAUCCAAAAACUCUGCACAACACACUAAGGUAAACACAGCUCCUAACCCGCUAGCCAAGGAGGAGCUGAACCUACUCGCUAGGUUAAUGGGAGGUUUGGAGGUGGAAAAACCAGUUAAUGCUGACAGCAGCUUUAGAGUUAAUCUCUUUGCCACAGACGAAGAAGAAGAGGAGGCUUUGAUAUCGAGGCCAGAUGAACUAUCAUACGAAGUCAUAAACAUCCAAGCAACAAAGGAUCAGCAGGCCAAUGCGGAGCUGGCCAGGAUCAUGGGGGAGUUCACAGAGGCAGGAGAGCCAUGUCAAAAUAUCAGCAGCAAAGGUGAUGACCUUUUGGCCAUGAUGGAUGGACUGUGAUAUGUGUCUCCUUGACAACAAUGUCUUGGGAAAAGGGCAAAGACCGAGUGGGUUAGGAACUGUGUUCUACUGCAGAACAACCUACAAAACGCACCCACGCACACACAACAUCUUGGUGAGCAUGGGGAUUUGAAAUGCCCUUGUGAGCAGGUCAUUUAAUUUGGUUGAACUAGUGAGUUCCUUGCUGUGCUUGAACCUACCUUUCAAAAAUUCUGAUAGCCUAAAAAGUACGGUAGAUAAUCAAUAAAUGUUGUGUUACUGAAGCGUUCAUUUGUGUCAUUGACACUUACAGUAUGUGCUCCAGUUAAUUUGGUGAUCAUCACCGUGAAAGGAUUUCCAAAUGACAAUAUCUUGGUACAUUUUGGUUGGUUGGUUUGGCAUUUUCAUUCAAGUUAACUCUAUAUUCCUUAUGUUAUGAGAUAUAAGGUCCUGGUUUCCAUGUUCACAGUUUCUCAGAAUGUAAAGCCUGUAGAGGGCUGUGUGGGUCCUGAAGGAAACCCAAGUGCACUUGUUUUUGUGAUUGUAAGAACAGAUCCUAAAAACAUUCCCAAAUAAGGCUCUACAGUACCUAAUGUUAGCUGUAUUCUAUUUAGCUGUACAGGAUUUAGCUUGUUUUUCCCAUCAAAAAAGUAUCAGCUACAUGUGUGUCUAUAAAUAAAUUAUGUACCUAACUGCAAUAUGUCAUCAUCAAUUUAGAUGUUAUUGUUCAAGGGUUUUAGUGGGAGAAAACAAUGAGUUACCAAUAUAUCAUAUUACAGAGAUACAAUAUGACCUAUGCUCUGACAUACAAAUAUAUUUAUGGAAAUGUUAUAUUUAUUUUAAUUUGUUGGGUUUUCAUUAUGCUUUGUUUUGGGGGGUUGAGUAGAUAUUCAGAAUAAUGUCAAUUUUGUAA